AUGAGUGAAAUCAAAACUACCGAUCCAACAGCCACGGAGGCUGGCGAGGAAAAGGACUGGGCAGCAGCAAAAGCCUUUUUUGACAGUUUAAAAACAAAGAAACCUAGACCCGUAAGUGAUACAUUCGCAUUUCUUGUUUGUCUUUUGCAGAUAAAAUAAGUGGCAAUACGGGUAUAUUAGCCUAUUGUUGCUAAUCUUGUAUCGUCAUUUUUUUUUACUAUUCUUGUUUUCCAAAUAGCCCAAACCCCAGUAUGCCGUUACUAUCGCCGUCUCCUCUCGCACCCUGUUCAACAUGGUUGCAGAGAGUAAGAUCUACAAAGAAGACGGGGUCGAGACGUAUGUGGCCUAUCAACAGGAGCACGACAAUGAGCCGCUCAUGCCAGGGGUGGCGUUUCCUCUAGUGAAGGUAGGUUAAUUCAGAGAGGGAUUGAAGGAUAUGGCCUACCUGCAUGUCUGUGCGUGGAAGAGGCAGAGGGUGCCUUUACAAAAGAAAGAUUGCAGUAAAAGUGCAGUAACUGCAGUCGACUGUGGUGUUUUGGACGCAGUGAUUGCAGAACUGCAGUUACACUGCAAAAUGACUGCAGUAAAAAAAGUUAUUUUGGACGCAGUAUUUGCAGCAUCCUGCAGUUAUACUGCAUUCUAAGUACAGUGUACUGCAGCUAUACUGCACUCUAACUGCAAUAUUUUCUGUAAAGGUGGGGUAGCCCAAUAAUGGACUAAAGGAGCCUAACAUUACUCGUUAUGGUCCAAGGACCUUACAUUUUUCUAUUUAUAGGCAAAUUGGCUCUGGCAGCAAAAACAGCCAAAUACUUAAUUUAAACGCAAAUCGAUUCUCAAUUGCAGUGAGGUUCUAGAAACAAAGUCCUCUACUUUCAUAUCACAUCAAAAUAAUUUCACAAAUGCAAAAUAUACACUUACUGUACACCAGUGGCGGUUAGUGCCUUUCAAGAUUAGGAAGGACGACUGUUUUAUUUUUUAUGAGCAUGGCCUUAUUUAUAUUCCAUUCACCCAGCUCAAUGUAACAUCGAUAGGUUUAGGCUACUACAUGAUACUCGAAUUUGGUGCACAACAGUUGUCUGUGACCAGGUGCAAAAACCUCCAAGUCAAACCUUCAUAUCCGCUACACAGCCUACAUCGUUACCAUAUUAACGUUAUAGUCAACAAACUAAAACUAACGCAUUAGUAAACCCACAAUACAAUCCAUGUGUACAAUCACGCAGUACAGCAAGCAGUUUAGCAGUUACAACGGUGGCCCCGGUGACAAUAAAUGAAUACAACUGAAAGCUUACCUUGACUUGGAAGUUUUGCAGUGUUGGAUAGGCUUAGCCAGCUAGCUAGCAUAAAUAGCAUUCCUCUCUGAGGCAGGUUGUUGAGUAGGUUGAAUUAGCUGCAUUAGCUAACUAAGUGAAGGGUAAACUCGGAAGGAAAAAAAUACAAUGAAAUAUAGCUAGCUCUCUGUUGCGUUUCCUUAAUUUUUGAAGAAAUUAAUUUGUUAAACUGUUCAACUAUUGAGUCAACUACACACCACACUUUAUGCACUGCAGUAAUAGCUAGCUGUAGCUUAUGCUUUCAGUACUAGAUUAAUUAUCAGAUUCUUUGAUUGGAUGGACAAGAUGUUAGUUCAUACUGCAAGAGCUCUGAUAGGUUGGAGGACGUCCUCCGAAAGUCGUCAUAAUUACUGUAUAAGUCUAUGAGAGGGGGUGGGAACUAGGGGUGUGAACGUUAAAAUGUUUAAACCAAAAAAAUAGGAUCCUUUAACAUUAAGAAAAAUCAUUUUUUUAAAAUCACAUUGCAGCUGGCUGGCCUGCUCUUUCUCUUUGCUAAUGAUUUGUGUGUCUUCAGUCUUUUACGUGUAGAAUAUCCUUGUCUAUUGAUUGAUGAUAUGCCCUUCUUUACUGAAGUUGCCAGAUACAACUUGAUUGCCGAUAGAUAGGCCUAGUGCAUGGUUCUGACUCCGUCUACCUGGUGGCCGACCUACCUAUACUGUGCCCCUCCCCUCUCUCUCCAACCCUUGGUAGCUCGCUAUGAAAGAUGCAAGUGUUUGUUUUCGGAAGUAUGGCAACUAAUCAGUCUCCUCGUUCCAAAAUUACUGAAUUUUAGGAGUUCAUUCCUAGUGGAAGAUGUUUUCUUUCUACUAAAAUGUCACGGUAUUUAGAUUUUUUUUGUUGGGAGAGUGGUCUGCGCGCAGGCAGCUCAAGUUUAUUUGAUUGACAAUUCUGGUCGCCUAGUGAUGGAUGUUAAGCGGCAUUCCUUUACAGACAUGUAAAAUGCCUGUUCAGUAGCAAUUCGGUUUUUAAAAAGUACCCUUACAGACAAACAAACAUGCUGUAGCCAAGGUGCAUUCAAGGGUAUAUGACUGCGGUAGAUAUACAAUGCAUUCGGAAAGUAUUCAGACCCCUUCACUUUUUCCAAAAAAUUUUAUGUUACAGCCUUAUUCUAAAAUAGAUUACAUUUGUUUUUGUUCCUCAUCAAUUUACACACUAUACUAUAAUGACAAAGAAAAAAACAGGUUUUUAGAAAUGUUUGCUAAAAAAAUAAAACUAACAUUUACAUAAGUAUUCAGACCCUUUACUCAGUACUUUGUUGAAGCGCCUUUGGCAGCGAUUACAUCCUCAAGUCUUCUUGGGUGUGACACUACAAGCUUGGCACACCUGUAUUUGGGUAGUUUCUCCCGUCCUUCUCUGCAGAUCCUCUCAAGCUCUGUCAGGUUGGAUGGGGAGCGACGCUCCACAGCUACUUUCAAGUCUUUCCAGAGAUGUUCGAUCGGGUUCAAGUCCGUGCUCUGGCUGGGCCACUCGAGGACACUCAGAGACUUGUCCCGAAGCAAUUCCUGCGUUGUCUUGGCUGUGUGCUUAGGGUCGUUGUCCUGUUGGAAGGUGAACCUUUGCCCCAGUCUGAGGUCCUGAGCGUUCUGGAGCAGGUUUUCAUCAAGGAUCUCUCUGUACUUUUCUCAGUUCAUCUUUCCCUCAAUCCUGAGUAGUCUCCCUGCCGCUGAAAAACAUCCCCACAGCAUGAUGCUGCCACACCAUGCUUCACCAUAGGGAUGGUGCCAGGUUUCCUCCAGACAUGAUGCUUGGCAUUCAGGCCAAAGAGUUUAAUCUUGGUUUCAUCAGACCAGAGAAUCGUGCUUCUGAUGGUCUGAGAGUCCAUUAGGUGCCUUUUGGCAAACUCCAAGCGGGCUGUCGUGCUUUUUACUAAGUAGUGACUUCCGUCUGGCCGCUCUACCAUAAAGGCCUGAUUGGUGGAGUGCUGCAGAGAUGGUUGUCCUUCUGGAAGGUUCUCCCAUUUCCACAGAGGAACUCUGGAGCUCUGUCAGAACCAUUGGGUUCUUGGUCACCUACCUGACCAAGGCCGUUCUCCCCCGAUUGCUCAGUUUGGCCGGGCGGCCAGCUCUAGGAAGUGUCUUGGGGGUUCCAAACUUCUUCCAUUUUUAAGAAUGAUGGAGGCCACUGUUCUUGGGGACCUUCAAUGCUUCAGAAAUAUUUUGGUACCCUUCCCCAGAUCUGUGCCUUGACACAAUCUUGUCUCUGAGCUCUACGGACAAUUCCUUCGACCUCAUGGCUUGGUUUUUACUCUGACAUGCACUGUCAACUGUGGGACCUUAUAUAGACAGGUGUGUGUGCCUUUCCAAAUAAUGUCCAAGCAAUUGAAUUUACCACAGGUGGACUCCAAUCAAGUUGUAGAAACAUGAUCAAUGGAAACAGGGUGCACCUGAGCUCAAUUUUGAGUCUCAUAGUAAAGGAUCUGAAUACUUAUGUAAAUAAGGUAUUUCUGUUUUAUUUGUAAGAAAAAUAAAAAAUCUAAACAUCUGUUUUUGCUCCUUCAUGUUUAAAAUUGGUCAUUUGUCACAUCCUUAGUGAGAACCAUGAGCCCCCCAAGGUUUUGUAUUGAAGUCAAUGUACCCAGAGGAGGACGGAAAAUGGCUGUCCUCCGGCUACUCCAUGGUGCUGUUGAGGCUACUGUAGUCCUUCAAUGCAAAACAGUAUUUUAAUCAGUUAUUUGGUGACGUGAAUAUAUUUACUGUAUCUAAAAUUGAUAACUUAAAAAAAAUACACACUAUUGAAACAUUUCUGAAAUUCACUGAGUAGGAUGGUAUUUCCUGUCCUCCUCUGCUGUACAAUGUUUUAACACAGUUGCAGCCAACAGUAUUUUUCAGUGACAACACGUUUGUGGCGUCCUCGGAGACGCAGAUAGCUAAUUAGCACGGGUAGUCGACUCUGUCUUCCGUCUGUUGUCUGUAAACAAGCUCUGUAAAAUGGAAAUAUGUCCAUGUGGGGGAGUCUUAACCCUAUAAAGGUGUUUUAGGAAUUUAACCUUAACAUUUUUAUAAUAAUGAUAAUUCUUGCUGAUAUGAAAUAUACGUUCUUUGUUUCCAAAGCCAUACCGCAAGCGAUCCGUGCUAACGUUUAGAGCUAGCAUCAGGGCUGUUAACAACUCCCCCAGCCAGAAGAUACUAUUGUCAAUAGGCACUAAAGGUUAUUAGUGUCUAUGAAUGCGCUGGGAUUGCCUUACAACUAUAUAUAAAUUCCUUAUUGUAGGUGAAGGAGAAACCUCACUCAAUAUUGCCAUUGUCUUGAGGCCUAGCUGAAAUGUGUGUAAUGCAUCCAGAAUAGGUUUUUGCUCAGAAUUACAAUAGCCAAUGUUGUUUACCACUGUUACAUUUUUACAUUUACAUUUUAGUCAUUUAGCAGACGCUCUUAUCCAGAGCGACUUACAGGAGCAAUUAGGGUUAAGUGCCUUGCUCAAGGGCACAUUUACGUCAUUUAGCAGACGCUCUUAUCCAGAGCGACUUACAAAUUGGUGCAUUCACCCUAUAGCCAGUUGGAAAACCACUUUACACUUUUUUUUUCUAUGCAUGGAUGCCAUUGUGGCAGGUUAAUCUGGUUCUUCUACUAUAAUGGUAGCAGCCACAGGAGUCAAAAUUAUAUGACCAUUAGACCAUGUUUGAAUCAAUAGCUGAAUGACAAAUGUUUAACUCGAGGGAAGACCUCUUGUAAUAACAUUUAUAGUUGGGUGGAUUUCUGUUGGGUGGAUUGUUGCACAAUUGCUGUUAUACUAAUCUAUAAUGAGCCUUUUAGCUAAUCAGUGGGCAAGGCCAGCCCCCCUGCCAAGAUGGGCCAGCCUGUUUUUCUGGUAGGCUGAGGUCAUGCAAACUCAUAUUCAAAGUGAAACAGGGCUUCAGCAAAGAUACUUGUUCUGACACUGUCAUCAGUUAGACAACAUCAUGGAUUGUAAAAAACUGAAAGGAUGGGUGUCACUGCUUAUAAACUUGGAGCACAUUCCACAUUGUCAUCUCACUCAAAACAUCCUAUUUUUUUGGGCAGCUAAAACCAUGAUUUGGACAAACAGUAAAGUGCAUUUGCCUCACGAUUCCUGUAAUGAAACUGAGCACCCUGGCCCUGUGCCUGUUUCACAGGGACCUGCUGCUGUAAUGAGCAAGCCACUCUCCUCUUCCCCCAUGCGCUUGAGAGAGAAAUGUGGUCUAAUCGUUUAACAUUUCAAAAUGCAAUUGCGGGAAAUCACCGCUUUGGAAGUUUAGUCUCUUUGUCCCGUUUGAAGAGUGGAGGGCCUCAGCUUUCUCAAUAGUCAGCUCAAUAGUUUUACAACCAAGAUAUUUGAUAUUGCUUUGAGAUAUGGAGCGGCGUGCGGCGAAAUGCACACCGGCCUUUGCGAGGGUAUAGGCCGAUAGGUCUCAUGGGUAGUAGCCUACAACUGCAACAUGUUUUUAGGACAUAAAAUGUACUGUUGGUUGAAUACAUGGCUACUAGCAGUGGGUAUUAUAUUUAGAGUUAUCGAUCUAGUUAAUGUGUUUUGAGUUUCCACUUCCUCGUGUUGUAUCCCAAAUUUAAUUAGCCUAAUGAUAUUCAAGGUGCACAUAAAGAUGUAUCUCUAUUGAACAAAAAAAUUCUGGAGUCCUAUUUUGACAGUAAAAUAUAACAAAUAUAGUCUUAAUUGUCAUCCCAUAAUUCAUGACAAUCACUGGGUUAGGUUGCACAAAAUGUAUUGAGUCAUGCAUUCCUGCUUGUACGUGUUAGAUGAAACAACUUAGUCUGUCUAUUUAUUACACUUCUUAAUAAAGCACUAUGAAUGACUUCAUAAAAUGAUUACUCGUAAUUUGGGGGGCUGGUGCCAACAACUGUAAAAGUUAGUAGCACCAGUGACACCAGGGGAAAAUGUUAGCCUGGAGCCCUGUAAUAGUAACUGACCUAGAGACUGCUGCCCUAUGUACAUAGUCAUUGAACACUGGUCACUUUAAUAAUAUUUACAUACUGUUUUACCUACUUUGUGUGUAUACUGUAUUCUAGUCAAGGCUCAUCCUAUAUAACUACUGCUGUACACACCUUUUCUAUUCAUACAUUUUCCAUUAUGUCUAUACACACCAUCAUAUAAACUCAGCAAAACAAGAAAUGUCCCUUUUUCAGGACCCUGUCUUUCAAAGAUAAUUUGUAAAAAUCCAAAUAACUUCACAGAUCUCAAUUGUAAAGGGUUUAAACACUGUUUCGCAUGCUUGUUCAAUGAACCAUAAACAAUUAAUGAACAUGCACGUGUGGAACGGUCGUUAAGACACUAACAGCUUACAGACGGUAGGCAAUUAAGGUCACAGUUAUGAAAACUUAGGACACUAAAGAGGCCUUUCUACUGACCUGCUCAUCUGCGUGAACGUGCCUUAGGCAUGCUGCAAGGAGGCAUGAGGACUGCAGAUGUGGCCAGGGCAAUAAAUUGCAAUGUCCGUACUGUGAGACGCCUAAGACAGCGCUACAGGGAGACAGGACAGACAGCUGAUCGUCCUCGCAGUGGCAGACCACAUGUAACAACACCUGCACAGGAUUGGUACAUCCGAACAUCACACCUGUGGGACAGGUACAGGAUGGCAACAACAACUGCCCGAGUUAUACCAGGAACGCACAAUCCCUCCAUCAGUGCUCAGACUUUCCGCAAUAGGCUCAGAGAGGCUGGACUGAGGGCUUGUAGGCCUGUUGUAAGGCAGGUCCUCACCAGACAUCACCGGCAACAACGUCGCCUAUGGGCACAAACCCACCGUCGGGACUGGCAAAAAGUGCUCUUCACUGACGAGUCGCGGUUUUGUCUCACCAGGGGUGAUGGUCGGAUUCGCGUUUAUCGUUUAAGAAAUGAGCGUUACACCGAGGCCUGUACUCUGGAGCGGGAUCAAUUUGGAGGUGGAGGGUCCGUCAUGGUCUGGGGCGGUGUGUCACAGCAUCAUCGGACUGAGCUUGUUGUCAUUGCAGGCAAUCUCAACGCUGUGCGUUACAGGGAAGACAUCCUCCUCCCUCAUGUGGUACCCUUUCUGCAGGCUCAUCCUGACAUGACCCUCCAGCAUGACAAUGCCACCAGCCAUACUGCUCGUUCUGUGCGUGAUUUCCUGCAAGACAGGAAUGUCAGUGUUCUUCCAUUGCUAGCGAAGAGCUCAGAUCUCAAUCCCAUUGGGCACGUCUGGGACCUGUUGGAUCGGUGUUAUGUGAAUUAUUUAACAAACUAUUUUAGUGUCUCUGUGCGUCUCCCAAAAGGUUGUAAGUCUUUUGGGAUUUAAGUAACGGCCAGAGUCCCGGUCUGCAUUGUCAGAGAUAUUUAUUCAUUGAGAAUUCUGCCAUCACAAUUUCAGAGUCCAUCUUUUAUACUCAUACAAAAAGAAAUCCCUUCCCUCUGUAGGCGGGCUGUAGUUUUCCACUCUAAAACUGCUCUACUGACCUUCAGUUCACACACACACACACAUGCAUACACACAUGCAUACACACACACACACACACACACAUAUCCUACUCCCUGCUUUACUCAGUUAUUGCCGUUCUCACAAUAUUCUGCACCAUGUUUUCAUAACAGUUUCUCCCCUCCCUAAAUUGGGAGGCCUCUUUAUCUUAGUUUCUCAGUUGUCUUUGUUGUCUGGCCUAACUCUUACUCACAUUGCUAAAUAGUGGCUCAAUGCCAUAGCCUUUACUGGUCCUACACUCACACAUUUCUAACACAUUAUACACAGUUUCAGGGUGUAAUAAUUAGUCAUUAAUAAUUAAUCUAUCAAUCGGAGGGUGAGGGCUAGGGCCAUCCCCCCUCAGAAAUGUCCGGGAACUUGCAAGUGCCUUGUGGAAGAGUGGGGUAACAUCUCACAGCAAGAACUGGCAAAUCUGGUGCAGUCCAUGAGGAGGAGAUGCACCGCAGUACUUAAUGUAGCUGGUGGCCACACCAGAUACUGACUGUUACUUUUGAUUUUGACCCCCCUUUUUUUCAGGGACACAUUCCAUUUCUGCUAGUCACAUGUCUGUGGAACUUGUUCAGUUUAUGUCUCAGUUGUUGACUCUUGUUAUGUUCAUGCAAAUAUUUACACAUGUUAAGUUUGCUGAAAAUAAACGCAGUUGACAGUGAGAGGACGUUUUCUUUAUAUGUAUAUUCCGUCUAUCUAAUAACUCUAUAUUAAAUUCCUUUAUUUUUAUUUAGGGGAUUUGUGUGUUUUUUUUGUAUUGUUCGCUAUUAUUAAUAUCACUACUGCACUGUUGGCGCUAGAAACAUCAUUUCGCUACACCCACGAUAACAUCUGCAAAAUGUCUAUGCGGCCAAUAACAUUUGAAGGUAUGUGUUGAUUCAGGAGAACAUAUAUAUGACGGGCACUAAUUAGCAAUAUAGGCUAAGUUGCUAGCUUGGCUUUUAUAACGUGGAAUGUUUAAGCAGACAGAACAGAACAAAAGCAGCACAGAGUGACACCAGCGAAGAUGCUGAGACAAACAAAAUGGUUAGAGAAGAGGCACAGUUAUAGUGGUGAGUUGUCUCCAGUGGUGUUUUUACAUAUUUGUUUUAAACAUGAGCUGGUUAAAAAAGAGGACCAUGUCUCGCCAAUCACUGGUACAGAAAAUGGUUGAGAAAUGCUGUACUUUACUGCCAAUGUUAUGUCAGCACUACUGCCUGUGUGUAGGGUCAGGGUGAAGGGUGCAUCAAUGGUUGGUGGUAUCAUGAUGGUGGGAGGGAUGGUGGUGUACGCAGCGAUGUGGAUAAUGCCAGGGCUGAAUUCUUGUCCCAGUCCGCCCCUGUGCAUUUAUCAGUGCAUUUGUGCACACCCUGCAGGCUCUGAUGUCUGUGAACGCACGGCUGAGGCAGCUCUACCCCGACAGCGAAGAGCUGUUUGACAUCGUCCUGAUGACUAAUAACCACGCCCAGGUCGGAGUGCGCCUCAUCAACAGCAUCAACCACUACGGUUCGUGGUCGACACGCUCAGCCAUGCCUACUACAGUGCUAUAAGCAGAGAAAUACAAUGACCAGUAAUUGGAGUAAUUAUAUUUCUAUGGUUAUAAGACGCGCUUAUUGUGAGCUGCAUUUCAUUGAAUGAUGGGUAUUUUUGACCAAAUAUGUUUUUAGUGGUUGUAUGCAUGUUUUGCAUGGAUGUUAGUGGCAAUCUUUGGCUACCAGCCUGAUGAUACCAUCACAUUUGUAUGGGGUUCUGAUACGUUUUUGUUUUUCACUCUACCUGACAGAUUUAACCAUUGAGAGGUUCUGUAUGACGGGAGGGCAAAGCCCCAUUGGCUAUCUGAAGGCCUAUCUGACCAACCUGUACCUCUCCAAGGAUGGAGAGAAAGUCAUGGAGGCCAUUGAGGAGGGUAGUUGAAAAUGCUGCUUUCCUUUGUCCUCUAGGGAUUAAACUGGUUUAGGUUAGCAUGGAUGCUAAAUUGGUAACAGAGUAAAAAACUGUAGAUGUACAUUGUGGUAACACUUUUUAUAGGUAUGAUAUAGCCUACAUAUAUGAUACCGUUGUAAUGCAUUUUUAAGACUUAUGAGCAUGUAUAAGCCCCUUUUUUAUAAUGUCUUUAUAAAUAGGCAUUGCAGCAGCGACCAUGUUUGCAUCUGGAGAUGUGGAGAACAAGCUUUCCGACACACAGCUGAAAGUUGCCUUUGACGGGGAUGCUGUCCUCUUCUCUGAUGAGUCGGAGAUCAUCGUGAAACAACACGGCCUGGACACGUUCUUUGAGCAUGAGAAGGAGUUUGAGAACAAACCUCUUGCACAGGUGUUCAUGAGAGUAUAUGCCUCCUAUUUUAUGUUAGCUUUUGACAUGAUUCCAAAUGUUCUUUCUUUGGGUAAUACUUUAUUUGGAGUCUCCCUAUAGAGGGUUAUAGAUGUUCAACUUACUAUCAACAAACUUUUUAACUAACACACCCACUUACCCUAAUCCUAGACCUUAACAAGUUGUUGCAUAUCAUCCGUGGCUGUUGAUAGUUUGAGCAUUUAAAGACCAUCUAUAAUAGGGGACUAUCCAAAUAAAGUGGAACCCAUUGAUGUAUUUGCUUUAAUAAAAAAUGUAAUAAUACUAUGCUAACCCUAUGUCUCAUUCACUCAGGGUCCCUUAAAGUGUUUCCUGGAGGCGCUGGGGAAGCUCCAGAGGAAGUUCUACGCCAAGAACGAGCGUAUGACCUGCCCCAUUCGUACCUACCUAGUAACAUCCCGCAGCGCAGCCAGCUCAGGGGCCCGCGUCCUCAAGACCCUCAGGAGCUGGGGCCUGGAGAUCGACGAGGCCCUGUUCCUAGCCGGGGCCCCUAAAGGGCCCCUCCUGCAGAAGAUCCGUCCCCACAUCUUCUUUGAUGACCAGAUGUUCCACAUCGAGGGGGCCAAGGAGCUGGGUACUAUCACGGCACACGUGCCUUAUGGGAUUGGACAGAAGUACCACAAGGAGAAACUUAGUGAGCAGCCUGCCAAAGACACAAAGUAG